GAUAAUAAUAAAAUAGUGGGCAGUGCUAGAAACAAUGAGGCAUGCCGCCGUCAGCCUCCUACAAAAGGCGAGAUCGGCGGUGAUGAACUAUCACCUGCUUUUCUCUUCCCACGCUCCGAUCCCUUCUUCCUCUUCCAUCCUCUCCUACUCUCUCAACCCUACCGCCGCAAUGUCCACAGCCGGUCCGGUCGUCCACUCGUCUGUCGCCGAGCAGAAGCGUGCUCUUCGAUCCAGAAUCAGGAAAGAACUCCGAUCAUUUCCCUCCGAUCAGCGAAGCUUAGAAGAUAUGGAAAUUCAGAAAUUUGUGCUUGAUUCUUCAUGGUUCAAAUCCGCUAAAAGUUUAUGUGCCUAUAUAAGCUGUGAAGCGCUCAGGGAGGUUGAUACGACAAGAAUUUUGUCAGAAAUUCUGAAGAAUAAGACCCAUGGCGUGUUUGAUGAUAGCUCAGGCCAUCACACACGGUUGAGGAAAAAGCUGUACGUCCCUCGAGUUGAAGACAAGAAUAGUAAUAUGAGGAUGCUGCACAUCUCAACUACUGAAGAUCUUGUAGCGAAUUCGAUGAAUAUAUUUGAACCAUCUCCAACAGACGCUAGUGGAAAGCAUCGUGAAGAUGUUAUGCUGGCAAGUGAGCCAGUUGAUUUUUUUCUUUUACCUGGUGUUGCCUUUGACAGGCAGGGACGGCGCCUUGGCCGUGGUGGGGGGUACUAUGAUGUUUUCCUAAAGAAUUACCAGAAGCUUGCUAAGGAACAGAAGUGGAAGCAACCUCUCUUAAUCGCUCUUGCUUACUCUCCCCAAAUCAUUGUUGAAAAUGUGAUUCCAGUGACUGACACUGAUGUUCCUGUGGAUGCUCUCGUCUCACCAUCAGUUCUGUCUAAACCUUCUUAUCUUCUGCCCCAAUUCAGAUAUUCUCCUUACGCUUCAGAUCUCUGUUUCCGCUGAACUGCUGUUGAAAUAUGGUGUUAUUUAACUCCCCCACUUAUAAGACACGGUUCAUUAUAUGUGUUGCAUAGCUUUCCCCGCUAACACUUGUUUUCAUGCAGAUCGAGUCCUUUUUUAUUACUUUUCCUAUGUACUUUUUAGAGUCCUAGGAGAGUCCUAAAACAGGAAUAAGAUAUGAGCAUGGGUUCCGAGAAGUUUAGUACGGGAACCGCGUGGAGGGGACCAGAAACAGAUGCUCGUGACCCGUAUCUUAAUUUUGCAUUUGAUAUUGAUGUAUAGAAUUAUGAUCGGACAUGUAUAAGCAAAGUUCGGCCGCUCUUUUUCUUUUCUGAAAUAUGU